AGGGGGUUCCGCUUCCGGCUGGAGCCGGAAGCUACUGUCUCCCGGGUGAACGAGGCCGUCGCAACGAGGGGAGGCGAGUGUGGUACCCAGGGCCAGGCUUCGGGAAAACAGAACACUGCCCGGAGCAGGUUUGCCCUCCUACAGACAUGGGGCGCAGAAAGUCCAAACGGAAGCCACCCCCCAAGAAGAAGAUGACAGGCACCUUAGAGACCCAGUUCACCUGCCCCUUCUGCAACCACGAGAAGUCUUGUGACGUGAAAAUGGACCGGGCCCGCAACACCGGAGUCAUCUCGUGUACCGUGUGCCUAGAGGAGUUCCAGACGCCCAUCACAUAUCUGUCAGAACCGGUGGACGUGUACAGCGAUUGGAUAGAUGCCUGCGAGGCAGCCAACCAGUAGCGAUGCAGAGGACCCACUCCCGCGGCAACCCUGCCUGCCGUGGACCUGCCCCGCUGGGUGCCAAUCCAGAGACAUUCCAGGGUCCGCGGUGUGGGUCCAGGGCCUUCACAGCCCUCUGCGUGUAUGGAGUGGGUGUGGGUGUGAGUGUGGCCGUGGCAGCGUGCCUGUGGGCACGGACUGGAGUUGAGGCGGGGUUGUUGGGCCCCCCCGGGGGCCUGAAGUGUUUCCCUUGGCUCUGAAAGCCUUUAACUUGCUUGCUCCUUCUCGGGGCCCGCGUCCUGAUGUUCUGGGCAAGGACAAGCCCAGCAGAGGCUGCCAAGGGACUCUCCAGCCUCCUCACCCAUCUCACCAGCACCGUGUGAACUGGACUGCCCCCCGCCCCUCCCCUGCCUCCCAAGGCCUGUGGCCUGGGAUUCAAAGCCACAGUCCCACAGGCCCCGUGGCUGGGACCUGGCAGAACAGCCCCUUUUCCUGUUUAGUUGCUUUUGUAGAGGAGGAAGGGGCUGGGCUGGGGAUCGCCGUCGGUCACGAGCCCCUAAAUAAAGCAGCUGAUGCAAA